GUCAUCUUCAUCGCACGGACGUGCGAACACACGCUCGCUUACACUCAUCCAGCCCGGUAUAAAAGGCUUAACUAGAUCAGGAGUCGACACAGGGACCGCAACUCCUCCGCCGCUAACAUGAGGACGUGGACUAGCUUAACCGUGUUGUCCGUGGCGGUGGUUAGCACGCUGAGUUUUCCACGUCCUGAUGCCGAGUACAACAUUCCGACCGUAGGCCUCGGUGCUAGGUCACAAUACUAUGUUCUCCACGACGAUGGGACCUUCAAGUAUGGCUACGACACUGGUGACGGAGCCUACGAGUCUGCGAUGGCAAAUGCUCCCGGGGACGUAUCUGGCUCGUUUGGAUACAAGGAUGCAUCCGGGGCAGACAUAAAGUUGGAUUAUACAGCUAAUGACCAAGGCUUCCUUGUCAGCGGAUCUCAUCUGCCAGUUGCCCCAGUCGCUGACUUUGGUUCGCGUGUAUCCACAAAAAGUGCAUCUAAGACUUCCAGUGCAUUUGCUGUCCCUUCACAACCUAUUGUCUCUACACAACCUGCAGCCCCACAGACACCAGUUGAGGAAGCUCAAGUACGAAGCUCUGCUCUUGGAGAUGGAAGCUACUCUUUCUCCUACGAGACUCAGAGUAGCUCACGACAUGAAAGUGCAGAUGCUCUCAACAACGUCAGGGGAAGGUAUUCCUUUAUUGCUGAUGAUAAUGUAAAUAGGGAAAUUCAGUAUGUUGCUGGAGCUGACACCGGUUACAUUGCUGAAGGAGACUCUCUUCCUCAAGGACCACCUGUUCCAGGUGCAGAGACUGGCAUUCCAACUGGACGCAUUCUUCCUGUUCUGUCUGAAGAAGAGGCUAACGAGCUUGCCGCUGCCACUUCUGGUUCUGCAGGUGCUAGCCCUUUGACUGGUGCCACCUACAGUUCCGCAAGUGGUAGCCCUUUGACUGGUGCUACCUACAGUUCCCCAAGUGACUCUGCUACAAGGGAUGCCUCUUACUCUUUCAGUUAUGAUGCUGGUCAAAGCUCGCGAUCCGAAAGUGCUGAUCCCAACCUUAACGUACAGGGAACUUUCAGCUUUGAUGCUGAUGAUGGAAUUAGAAGGACUGUGAACUAUAUUGCUGGUUCUGCUACCGGUUUUGUUGCUGAAGGUGACCACUUACCUGUUGCUCCAGAUGCUGAUUUUGGCUCGCGAAUUCAGUCUUCCAGCCCAAGUGUUGUGUCAACCAAGAGUGCAACUACAGCCUAUGUUGCUCCUGCUCCUUCACGAUCUGCUGCCCCUUCACGACCCGUUGCCCCAGCAGCACCAGUUGAGGAAGCUCAAGUACGAAGCUCUGCUCUUGAUGAUGGAAGCUACUCUUUCUCCUAUGAGACUCAGAGUAGCUCACGACAUGAAAGUGCAGAUGCUCUCAACAACGUCAGGGGAAGGUAUUCCUUUAUUGCUGAUGAUAAUGUAAAUAGGGAAAUUCAGUAUGUUGCUGGAGCUGACACCGGUUACAUUGCUGAAGGAGACUCUCUUCCUCAAGGACCACCUGUUCCAGGUGCAGAGACUGGAAUUCCAACUGGACGCAUUCUUCCUGUUCUUUCUGAAGAAGAGGCUAACGAGCUUGCUGCUGCCACUUCUGGUUCUGCAGGUGCUAGCCCUUUGACUGGUGCUACCUACAGUUCCCCAAGUGACUCUGUUACAAGGGAUGCAUCUUACUCUUUCAGUUAUGAUGCUGGUCAGAGCUCACGAUCCGAAAGUGCUGAUCCCAACCUUAACGUACAGGGAACUUUCAGCUUUGAUGCUGAUGAUGGAAUUAGAAGGACUGUGAACUAUGUUGCUGGAUCUGCUACCGGUUUUGUUGCUGAAGGUGACCACUUACCUGUUGCUCCAGAUGCUGAUUUUGGCUCUCGAAUUCAGUCUUCCAGCCCAAGUGUUGUGUCAACCAAGAGUGCAGCUACAGCCUAUGUUGAUCCUGCUCCUUCACGAUCUGCUGGCCCUUAACGACCCG